UUUAGAGAUUCAGUUUUGUCACGAUAUGGAAAUAUCUCUCCAGCACCGUGGUGCAAGAUGAGACUGUUUGUUUUUCUCUACGUGUACUAGCUGGUACAAACAACAUCAAAUCUCCUCUGGAAGCGCAUAGAGGACGAUAUUCCGCGAUGUUUCAGUCUGAUGAAAGGCCAGCGUGUCUUUUCGCAGUUUCGGCUGCUUCUGUUUCUCCGGUCUGGAAAUUCGGAAGGAAAAACACAGCAAGGCACAAUCGCGACUGGAACCUUGAGUAACACGGCUAAGUCCAAACAGGCUUCAGUGGCCUGGUCUGGAUGAAACCCUACUAUCAGCUGAAUCCUCUGCAGCAAGCCCCAGGCUUCAGAGGCAUUCUGAAUGGUUUGUUCGGCAUCAACCUCUUGAUGUCGUUCACUCUCCGCAGCAACACUUUCCUCUUGGAUCGAUUGUCGUAUGGCCUCCACCAAAGCAGUAUCUAGUUUCAACUGCAAAUGCCGGGGCUCCAGGAACUCUUUGUCCUGUCUAUCAGCUAUUUGGCCUUGCCGUCGCUGAUCCCUUUUUUCAAUUAUCAUCGGCACCAGAGCAGCUAGUGGUUGGUGUGUGAGACGACUAGGAACGGCUCGUAGUUUGGCUUCUUUUGGAUGUUCUUCCAACCAAUGGACCGAUCGAAUCAAAUGGUUUGCGGACGCCAAACUCCUCGGAUCCAACACAAUGGAUUCAAUACCAUCGGCAUUCAAGAGCAACCAUGACAAGUCACCCUUCCCACCGGCUACAUCCAGCAUCACAGCCCCAGGUUUCAACAGGCAAUCCGCACUGCCAUUGUUGUGAUUGCCAUAUGUCUUCAACAGAAAGUCUCGAAACACAUAAACUCGGUUCUUUCGAGAGGAAGCUCUGAUGCUUGGUGUACUAUUGGUUGCGCUGCUAGUGUCCUCAAUGAUUGCUAUAUUGCUGUUGCUAUCUGCCAUCCCUCGCACUGUUUGCUUCAAGUUUCCCGAGAGAGUGAUGCGACCAUGGGGAAUGAUGAAUCGAGAAUCGAAUCGAAUCCGAUCUGUUGAUCUGGCACCUCUGACCCUUAAGUCUUUAAGUGGCAGUCCAGAUCCCAGAUCCCAAUCACAAUCAUGAUGUCAGCAAGCCAGCAAUGCAUGAAUUACUAGCCGUUAGGAGCUGUUAGAGUAGGCACUCCCCAGCUGGCCUGUGUGCUCCAGCCAGGGACAUCCACCAAGAACUUAGCUCAUAAUUGUUAAUAACAAAUCUUUACUAACUAAUUCUUCACUGGGCCCCAGCCUGGAUCAACAGUUAUUAACAAUCCUUUAACCAACCAACGAACUCUCGCUCCGAGAGCAACAGCAAUAUAGCUGCCGUUCACCCUCCCCGUCAACAUCAAGAUGGCGACUUUCGUGGCAUCCGACCACUUCACCACGUCAACCCUGACACCCAUCUCUAUGGAUGACAAGCCCAACUACAACACCCUCAAAGUGCUUCACCAAGAGAUCAAUGCCAAUGCCAUGGCCAUCUCUUCGACACUCGGAGGAGGCCAUUAUGGCCACCUAGCACUGGUCCUACCAGCAGCUACCUUCAUUGCACUCCCAGAUGCCAUCGCAUGGGUAAACCCUGCACAUCCAGGGCCUAACCCCGUACAUGCUGGCACUGCAACUGCAGCACAAAUUACAGAAACCAACCGUCUAUUUGCAGCACACGAGCUACGGUUCCUAUUCUACAAAGAGACGCAAAAUGCUCUCAAGAAGCAACUCCUGGAAGCUGUCCCCGACACCUUCACAAAGAUUCUCAAGCAUGAAAUGUAUGGAUAUGCCCAAGUUACCGUCCUUGCAAUCCUAACCCAUCUCGACACUACCUACGGAACAGUACAUGCCGAUGACCUCGAGGACAAUUGGGACCAAAUGCAUGCAGCUUGGAGCCCAACACAGCCCAUCGAAGAUCUCUACAAUCAGAUCAAGGAUGCGCAGAAGUUUGCACGUGACCAUGACGCCAUUACGGACAAAAUGGCAGUCCGUGCCGCGAUCAAGAACCUUACCAAGAGUGGGGUAUUCAUGGACGCCGAUAAGAUCCAAAAGAGGAUCCAUGAAAGCGCCACUGGGUGCGCCAUAGCUGUGCAGACUUAG